AGACGACUCGCGCGCGCACAUCGACCGCCCGCCGCUGCUGCUGCUGCUGCUGUCUCGCGCUUAUACGCUGAGACUCCGAGAUUUGCCGCCGCCACCGCAAGUCCACGUCCGCGAGCGUCUGCUGCUGCUUCUCGGCUCAGCAGACAUUCCAACGUCUUGUUUCUGUACAUAUUUCAACGGAGCCAAUACAUCAAGAAUAAAAAAAAACUGUCUCGCUCUUUUAUGUUAAUGUAUUUGUUGUUGCUGUGAAUCCGCGCGAGCCCAAAACGCAAAGAGAGAGUAGAUACAGACGAGACUUGUACCGCUGCUGCAGCCAAGUGCAUAAUACAUACCUACUAGCGGAGUUAACGACAAAAAGACGAAAAAAGUCGAGCUGCGAAACAGCGGCGAAUCGCAACUGUGCCCGACCCUGCGAACUCUUCCUGUGCAUGUGUCUGUGUGUGCAGUGUGUGUGUGUGUGUGUGUGUAUGUGUACAUAUAAAUGAACUACUCAGUAGCGACUGCAGCACAGACUGCGGACUGCAGUGUGCCAGCAGCACUGCGAAUCGUGACGAUAAAUAAUACGGUGCCGAGAGCAGAAACGAGAGCUUAUGCUGAAUUUGUGCAGGCGCAAUUCCGCGUGGCCUCUCCACCUCUCGUCUCGUCGCCUUAGCAGUCCAUUAUAGCACUCGCUGCAAUAGUACACGGAUUUUCGUCUCUUCUGCUUCGCUCGUGCAACGUCUUGUGGACCUCAUGAAGUUCGUGUUGUCACGAGUGGGCAACGAUCUACUACUCGUCGUACUGUUUACCGCACGUAGAAUACACGAGGGCAUAAUAAAUAAAGGCAACUAAUAAGCAUCGGACGCUCGUACGUGUGGAGUAAUCAAUGAAGCGUUUCGACUAUAGGUACACUCCAUGUGUCAUGAGUGUACGCCACAUCAUAAAUUCAUGCGAGUAGGCAGUGUUUGACACGUUGCAGCGUGCGUGCGUUAUCGUCACCCUCGAGCGAGACUGCAUGCGUACGACUCGAAUAUAUACGUAGCACAUCUCAGCAGCGCAUGACUGCAGAAGGCUCAGGCGAGACUUGACUUGGCAAUCGAGCAACGGAUCCGACCGCAGCAGCUAAGAGUAGGCGAUCGAUCGCCGGGCUAGCAUGAGCAACGGCGCCAACAGUCAGCCGAUCAUGGUACCGACGACGUCGUCGUCGACGACUCCGAGCGACGCUCAGCAGCACUAUCAGUCGGCGAGUCGCAGAACGCAGUCGGAGUCGCAGGCGAGCACGGCCACGAGCGCCUCCUCGUCCCUGCCCGCCGCUACCUCGACUUCUCUGGGCAACGACAGCGUCAUCGGCAAGACCGGCGCCGCCAGCAGCUCAGUCUCGCCGCUCACGACCAAUCGAUCCGUCUCCGCGACCGAGGAGCGACGCUCGCGACGUGGAAGCAGCCAAGUCCAGCCGAUACUGACCAAACCCAAUUCGUCCGAGACCCUGACCAUGUCGGGCAACAGCAGCGGCAAUGCCUCGGCCACUUGGCUCGACGCUCCGGGACCUCCGCUAUCGCCAGGAUUGCUGGGUUCCAUGUCAUUAACAACUGGUGAAAACAGUCCAAAGGUGGACACUGACAAACUUGACUCGAGUUUCAAACUUACCAGAAAAGAGUCCUACAAGGCUCAGAGAAAAACCUACAGAAUGGAAAAGAAAAGAGUAGCAGAUGAAUUGUUGAAUUCAUUGAAAGACCCUACUGUCAUUGUUAUGGGUGAUUGGCUUAAGGUUAGAGGAACACUCAAAAGCUGGACCAAGCUAUGGUGUGUUCUCAAGCCAGGCUUACUGAUUCUUUAUAAAAGUCAGAAAACUAAGAGUAACCAUUGGGUUGGAACAGUAUUGUUAAAUAUUUGUCAAGUGAUUGAAAGACCCAGUAAGAAAGAUGGGUUUUGCUUCAAGUUAUUCCAUCCAAUGGAACAAUCGAUAUGGGGCCCAAAAGGACCAGAAAAAGAAGGAAUGGGAGCCGUUGUCCUACCUUUACCAACUGCAUACUUGAUAUUUCGUGCUCCAUCUCAGGCGGCUGGCAAAUGUUGGCUAGAUGCUUUGGAGUUAUCUAUGCGCUGUUCAUCGUUAAUUGUCAGAUCUACGAGCAUAGUACCCAGAUCUCCUCAGCAUGACACAACUACGACGCACGAAACGCAAUGGAGCGAAGCCGAUUGCGAAAAACAUUUCGUUGAUCAUGAUCUCGAAGAUUGCAUCAGUCAGCCGGAGAACGGCGUGGUCGCCGACGACGUCGAGUGCAGCGCCAGCGACUCCGAGAGCGAGGACAAUCACAAGGAGGACAAAGAGGAAGAUGACGUCAUCAAAGAAACACCCUACGUUACCAACGAGAGCGAAGUCUUCGGCACGGCUGGUGAAGUCGUUACAGUAUUGCAAGAGGAGCAAAAAUCUCUUAUAUGGUAUCUCAUGAAGCAAGUGAGACCUGGUAUGGAUCUGUCCAAAGUCGUCCUGCCGACGUUCAUACUCGAGCCAAGGUCGUUUUUGGAAAAACUCGCCGACUCUUACUACCACGCGAAUCUUUUGUCCCAGGCUGUAUUAGAAGAUGACGCACUGACACGCAUGAAAGGUGUUGUAAAAUGGUACCUGUCCGGUUUUUACAAAAAACCACAAGGUCUCAAGAAACCGUACAAUCCGUUGCUCGGUGAAACGUUCCGUUGCUACUGGCAGCACGACAAUGGCUCGAGAACUUUUUACCUCGCCGAACAGUUAUCGCAUCAUCCGCCGGUUUCGGGAUUUUACGUUACAAACCGACAAGAUGGCUACACCAUCAGUGCCACAAUUAUUGCCAAAUCUAAAUUUUAUGGUAACUCCACAUCGGCUGUGUUGGAUGGUGUGGCUGUACUGACGAUGCUACCACGUGGCGAAAGUUACACCAUGACGAUACCUUACGCACACUGCAAAGGUAUCAUCGUUGGCACGCUUUCCAUGGAGCUCGGUGGAAAAGUCAACAUAAAUUGCGAAAAGACUGGCUAUAACUGCGAGCUCGAGUUCAAAUUGAAACCGUUUAUCGGCGGGGCUGAUCAGCUAAACAUGGUCGUGGGUCGCAUCAAGCUCGGCAAAGAGACUCUGGCUUCGAUCAGCGGCUACUGGGACGGCCAGAUCAACAUCACGGACAAGCGCACCGAACAGGAGACUGUCUUCUUCCAUUCGACGCCGGAGGUCAGAAUGCAGCGAUUGAAAAAGUACACGGUGCCGCUCGAUCACCAGGGACCUUGGGAGAGCGAGAAGCUUUGGCUCGCGGUAACGAACGCCAUCAACAACGAUGAUCAAGAAGCCGCCACCCAAGAGAAAACAAAACUCGAAGAGGCGCAACGUGCAAGGGCUAACGAGCGCAAAAUGGCCGAUAAAGAGUGGAUUCCCAAAUACUUUGUUCAGGAUAUUAUUACGGGAAAUUGGGUUUAUCGCCACGCCGAUAUCCGUCCGUGGGAUCCGAGAAACGACGUGCUACAAUACGAGCAAGAUUACAUAAUUAAAACAAAAACGAGGCACAAGACGCCAAUCAUGCGUACCGGAAGUAUCGUGUCCAUUGAUCCCCAGUCACAGGUUCCGUUGCUGAUGGCUGAGUCUCGAUCUUCGCUGUCGGUGUUGAAAUCAUCGAAGCGUCAACUCACAAACAAUCAUCCACACAACGAAACAGUUGCUCAUGAUUCGGCAAGCUCGUCCGAUGCAGCACAUUCGGAUUCCAGCCAAUCGGCCCACAAACGACGAAGUCGCAAUCAAGCAGUAACUGGUAUGUUCAGGGUUAUUGAUGAACGUUUGGAAGAUCAACUAGAGGAAAUAAAAAAAAUUCAUCGCAUUCUGGAACAGCAGUCGGCCCGUCGAAACCCACUUGGAUUUAAUUUUAAUCGUGGAAAUGGCACUGGUGCUUCUCGGAUCUUCCGACAUGUUGUCGAUACGUUUAUAAUAGUCCUUAUUGUUCUCUUCGUUCAAUGGUUUACCAGACGUAUGUCUGGUAGUAGUGGGGGUGGAGACGGCAAUAUUUUCAACAAAGCCAAAGAAUUAUAGUGAGUGUGUGUCUGUGAAUAAAUGUACGUAUCUGUGCAAUGAUAAUCAUUUUUAACGCAUUAAUUUAUACAUCAUGCGACCGUUGUAUAACAUAGCUCUUUAACACUAGUCGCUGCAAUUGAUUGAAUAAAAAUAAUGAUCAUACUUACCUAAGUAUCCGUAUUUAAAAUUUAGGUAAGAAUUUUAUGUAUCAUUUUUGUACAACUAUUCAAUAUUUUCUCCUUUUUAAAUAAUCAUUAUUCGGGAAUCGAUGAACAUUUCAUUUUUAAAAACAUUUUUCACUUAUCAAAAUAUAUUGUUUUUAAUGAUGACAGGUUAUCCAUUUUAUUUGGAUUUUUAUUUGUUGAAAAUUUCAAGUACAAAUUUUCAUUAAAAAUAAUGACGCGAGAUUCAAAGACAUUUUUACCAAUUUAUUUCAUUUUUCAGUAACUUGGUUAACUGUAAUAAUCAAUUUUAAUAAUCAUGAAUCAGCCUUAUUAGAUGGUAAUUUUAGAUUUAGCUCUCACGAUCAUAUAAAAUAUUUGCAGAAAAAUAAGUCAGUGAUAACUUAUUGAAACAAUUUCUACCAAGAUUAUCUCUACUUAAUAAUUGCUUGAAAAAAAUCAAUAUCCUAUUCGUAAUUAACUAUUUGAAAUGUGAAUAUUUACGUCAAUGCGUUUUUAAUUUUCUUUUCUUUACCUCUUUGUAUACCUUUAUACACACUACACAUCCUAUGCAUAUUCAAGUAUAUUUAAAUGCGAUUAGUUGACAAUAGAAAUAAUUCUAUUAUGAUUGACUAUCGCUGUUUAUUAUUGUAAAUAAUUAAAUAUUUAUAUAUUUUAUUGUCUGUUAUGAAUCCUUAAUGUUUUCAACAUUCUAAUCGAGUUUAUGAGUUUCCUUGGUAUUGCCGUUUUACUGUAUCGAAAUAUAUUUGUAUAAGGAGUACACACGUUUACAUAAUUUAAAUAAUUUCCUAUAAUUUCCAUAAUGUAAGUAAAAAUUUGAGUAACUAAUAUUGACAUUUAGUACGUAGUAUGAAUUUCCAAAUUAUAAGUAUUGCACUACAUAUUGAUAUUCGGUUAGAUAAUGAAUUUCUCAUUUUUAAUUUCUGAAUUAUAGUUAUGAUCAAUAAAUAUUCAGUAACUAGGAUAUUUAUAAGAAAAAAAUUUAUUAUUUUUCUUUGAUUAUGCGGGCAUUUUUAAAAUUAGCUUUAAUAAGUUUAAAAAUUACAUUCAAAUUUUUUUCGAAUACUCUUAUUUUUACUCAUUUACGUGUCUUAUUUCGUUGGUUUUUCAACAUUUUUUCAUUUUGUGUAGUAUUAUUUUGUUAUUUAUGUUAUAAGUACGUAUUGUUUGAAUGAUUGUAUUAGUACCUUACGGAAAAAGUAUCAGAUUAUAUGAGUUUCUAUUAUAAAUAUAUGUUUUAAAAUUUUAUGAAUUGAUAAAAUUAAAAAAUGUUAACAAGGGUUAAUAUGAAUAAAUAAGAAUUAAAAGUGAGGAGUGUGCUUGAAAGGAUAAAAUAAUACCAUUGAGCUUGGUACGAUUUAUUGUGUUAUUGGAGAACAUAAUAAAUCGCAUCAGAACAGAUGUAUUGUGUUAUUGGAAAUUGAAGUUUGCAAGCUCUUUCAUUCGUAAAGAUUAAUUAGUGUUCUUUAUCCAGGGAAAACAAUGAAUUUAUUGAAAUAUUUUAACAAUUACAACUUCACUUCUCUUUUUUAUCAGUGUACAGACUAAUUUUCAUGAAUUCAAACCUGAAUUAAUGAUGAUUAUUAUAACAAAAUCAUUGAUGUGAAUUGAAAAUUUGACUAUCAUGCUGAUUAAAAUUGCCAAAUAAAUAAUUCGCCCGAAAAAUAGCUACGAUGUGAAUCAAUAAUUAUACUAAUAUAAUAUCAAAUUUUGUUAUCUAUGCUUAUGGUAAUGAAUAUCCAUAUUGUUGAGGCAAUGUACCUAUUCUAACUGCAAUAGAAGAUGUUACAAAAGAAGUAUCAGUGCAGUGGAAGCAUUUGUAGUUACUUUACGAAGCUAGGUCACUUGAAGAAUACCUAUAAAGCGCUACAUUUUAUAUAUUAAAGCUCAAAGUGCUUUUUGCUUGAAAAUUCAUAAUAUAAAUUUUUAGGGUUUUCAAUUAAGGUAACUAAAAACUAGUCAGAUUUACAGAAAAACAAAAUGGUCGGAUUUAAAGCAAAUACUGAAUUUUAUUUAUUAAAUGAAUCGAUUUUGAAUUUUCUUUUUACACUAAUGCAUAAAUGAAGAAAGUAAAUUUAAAGCGGUUAUAUUUGUAUCAUUGCAGUAGUGUAACGAGAGUAAUGACCUAUCUUGAAUAGCAAUUAAAAAAUUGGCGAAUGCCAGAUAAGAAUAUUGUUACCAGAUACUUUGUGUGCAUCAUCAAUUCAACAUUAAAAUUAUAAAAAUAACACUUACAAACGAUUAUUUGAAAAUGAAAAAGGGAUUGUACGUCAUUUUUUAUUAUCUACUUGUAAAAUAGCGUAGACGUAAGAAAUAUGAUGUGUAAAAAGUUGUUUUUUGCUCUUUUUAUCUGUUGGACGUUUUUUCAUCUCUCGCUUGUUUCUCUAAGCGUUUUGUACAUUCUGACAAUUAUAAUUCUUAUAUACAUUAACACAUUGCGUAUAAAUUUUAGCUUUCCGAUUACGUUAGUUUUCUCAAAUUUGAUAAAUGUAAAUUGGUAUUACGAGAGGAAUUUGAAGGAAUUCAAGUGCGCGAAUGCAUAAGAUGAAAUAAAAAUUACAUUUGAAUUAAAA